AAGCGCAGUGUAUAUGUUACUAUGAUCAUGAAGGGCUAAAGCUGUGUGCUACUGCCUGUGUGUUGCCAUAUAUGUGGAUGCCUAACGACCCUAACUAAACUAAACUCUGUUCUCUUUAACAUUGCAGUAUUCCGUUUGAUAGAAUAUCAGACAUCAAUUUUUCACUGAAUACAAAUGAAAGUGCAAAUAUAGCUUUGUUUGAGGCACGCUGUAAGGAGAAAAUCCAGCAGUUUGAAGACGCUGGUUCAGACGAGGAGGAUAUCUGGGAUGAAAAAGAUGUCACCUUUGCACCAGAGGCACAGAGACGCCCCAGGAGCUCGGGCAGCACGGACAGCGAGGAAAGUACAGACUCAGAGGAGGAGGAUGUGAAGAGAGAUCCGUUCGAAGCUGCCAACCCCAGCACCGACGACAGAAUGGAAGUCGACACAGGGCCAGUGUGGACGGCCAACUUUGAUGACAUCCCCAUGGACACAGGUACAUCCACUGCUCCAGCCACCAGCCCUAACAACCCUGCUGCCUCCUCUCCUUUGGCCUCCCCCUCCUCUUCCACAGAAGACCUCCCUGAGACCUCAUGGAGCUCCCCCCCUCCUGCCACCUCCAACGCUGAAACAGGCUGGGCCGAUUUCUCCAACUUCACCCCCGUCAGCCCCAAAGACCCUCUGAGGUGCAACUCUCCUGUUGCUAUGGAAACCAGCCUAGAGACAAUGGACCCUCUUGGAGUCAAUGCACCCACACAGUCUGAAGGUGAGAUGUGUGCAGGAAUUAGUUCUUUACCUGAAAAUGAGUUAGCAUUUUAG